UAUCAUUUGGAAAUAAAUAUGAAAUAUGCUCAACAAAACCCAUCAUUAAGUAAUAAACGUGCAUCAUUGCACUUAUUAUUUGGUAAUAGAGCUAUAGUGGAUAUUAUUGAUGGUAUUGAAUUAGAAGAAUUGGCAAUAAAUAGUAAUAAUUUUCUGAAUAUAACCUAUUUGUUAUCACAUCCACCUGAAGGUUGGUUAGGAAUUGAAGGUAGACUUGAUCAGUUGAUAAUUGAUAAAUGGUUAAAAUCACAGAUUGGUAUGGUUAAUCACAAUAAUGAUAAUAAGGAUAAGAGCGUCCUUAUUUCUUCUAAUAAUAAUAACAAGAAACAUCAUCAUUCAAAAUCAAAUUCUUUGAAUGAUUCAUUAAGUAAUAUUGCAUCAUCAGUAAUUCAUAAAUUUUCAAAUUCAAAUUUACGCAAAUAUCCACCAGAAUCUAAUCAUAUCCCUUCUAAACUUGGUCCUAAUAGUAAAAUAUUUGUUUGUGGUCCACCUAAUAUGAUGAUUGCUGUUGAAAAAUCAUUAAAGAAUCUUGGAUAUCAUGAAAAUGAAUUUAUAUUAUUAAUUUAG